CCCCAUGAAAGCACACCUAAACACACAGGCGAGAGCAUACACAUAUUCAUUCACACACAGAGAUAAUGGCGAAAACCGCCACCGCCGCCGUUCGUUUUCCUUCAAUCGAGAAGUGUGAUGCCUCCGGUGAGAACCGCCAGGCGAUAGCAGCGGACCUCGACGGAACUCUGCUGAUCUCCCGCUCCUCCUUCCCUUACUUCAUGCUCGUAGCAAUCGAAGCCGGCAGUCUCCUGCGCGGCCUAAUCCUCCUCCUCUCGUUUCCUAUCAUCGCCAUCGCGUAUGUCUUCGUCUCAGAGGCCCUUGCUAUUCAGAUGCUGAUUUAUAUUUCCUUUUCAGGAAUCAAGGUGCGGGACAUUGAGCUGGUGUCUCGCGCUGUGCUGCCGCGAUUUUACGCGAGAGAUGUGAGAGCUGAGAGUUACGAGGUUUUUGACAAGUGUAAGAGGAAAGUGAUCAUUACGGCUAAUCCGACGAUAAUGGUGGAGCCUUUUGUGAAGGAGUUUUUAGGUGGAGAUAAGGUGAUUGGAACAGAGAUUGAGGUGGAUCCGAAGACGAGGAAGGCGACAGGGUAUGUGAAGAAGCCGGGGGUUUUGGUGGGAAAAUGGAAGAAGUUGGGGGUGUUGAAGGAGUUUGGGGAGGAGAAGCCGGAUAUCGGGAUUGGAGACCGGGCAUCUGAUCAUGAUUUCAUGUCCAUUUGCAAGGAGGGGUAUAUGGUGCCUCCCAGCAAAACAGCUAAACCAUUGCCACUUGAUCGCCUGAAAAGCCGACUUAUCUUCCAUGAUGGCCGAUUAGUCCAGCGCCCUACUCCCCUCAAUGCACUCAUCACCUACAUUUGGCUACCAUUCGGAUUUCUUCUUUCCCUGAUUCGUGUAUACUUCAACCUUCCCCUCCCAGAACGCAUUGUACGUUACACGUACCCUAUGCUCGGAAUCAAUCUUGUGAUCAAGGGCAAUCCACCUCCUCCCCCCUCUCCUGGCUCCCCCGGUAACCUCUAUGUUUGCAACCAUCGGACUGCCCUCGACCCAAUCGUCAUUGCCAUUGCACUAGGCCGCAAAGUUUCAUGUGUGACAUACAGUGUCAGCAAGCUCUCAAGGUUCCUGUCUCCAAUCCCAGCCGUUGCCUUGACACGUGAUCGUGAGGCUGAUGCUGCUAUGAUCAAGGCAUUGCUCCAAAAGGGUGACCUAGUCGUGUGCCCUGAGGGGACCACAUGCAGGGAGCCGUAUCUGCUGAGAUUCAGUGCUUUGUUCGCAGAAUUAAGCGACCGGAUUGUGCCUGUUGCGGUCAACAUCAAGCAAAACAUGUUCUAUGGUACCACUGUGCGAGGUGUCAAGUUCUGGGAUGCUUAUUUCUACUUCAUGAACCCUAGGCCGACUUACGAGCUCACAUUUCUCGAGAGGUUGCCGGAGGAGAUGACGUGCAAGGCCGGCGGGAAAUCAUCUAUCGAGGUAGCCAAUCAUGUGCAGAGGAUCUUGGCAGGUACACUUGGAUUUGAGUGCACUCAGUUGACUAGGAAGGAUAAGUACAUGCUGCUUGGUGGGAAUGAUGGGAAGGUGGAAUCAAUGUACUCCAAGAAAUAAAAUCACACUCACGUGAAACGCUAAUGGGUGUUGAUUUUACCAGAUAAAAAUAUAAAAAUGUUCAUGGCCACAAGUGUUAGGCAUCUCUGAAGGUGUUUUGGUAUCAAAUAUUAUUCUUGUCCUAGUAUAAAUAUUGUUCGUGUAGCAACAUUAUCUGUUGAUGUAAAACUGCUUCUAUAUUGAUAAUUAAUCAGUUGGCUGUUGUUAAUA